ACAAACACCUCAGUGAAGCGAAGCACAGACAAGCGCCCGAGCUGUAGUGUGGAGGAGUUGUGUGUUGGAAGAAGAUGGCGGAUCCAGGAAUGAUGAGUCUGUUUGGCGAGGAUGGGAAUAUUUUCAGUGAAGGCCUCGAAGGCCUCGGAGAAUGUGGCUACCCCGAAAACGCCGUGAAUUCCGUGGGUCAGCAGAUGUCGCUAGACCAAGGCUUUGCCUCUCUGCAGCCAGCCCUUCACCACCCCUCCACUAGUCAGAAUCAAACCAAGUUGACCCAUUUCGAUCACUAUAAUCAGUAUGAACAAAAGCUGCAUCUGAUGGAUCAGCCGAACAGGAUGAUGAGCAGUGGCCCCGGGAACGGACUGGCGUCCCCUCACUCGCAGUACCACACCCCUCCCGUCCCCCAGGUCCCUCACGGCGGCGGCGGCGGCGGCGGCGGCGGCGGCCAGCUGGGAGUCUACGCCGGCAUGCAGAACGAGAGGCACGGGCAGUCGUUUGUAGACAGCGGCUCCAUGUGGGGACCCCGGGCCGUUCAGGUGCCGGACCAGACCCGAGCCCCUUACCAGCCGCCGCCGCCGCAGCCCCCGCCCCCGCCCCCGCCGGCCCCGGCAGGGCCCCCAGCACAGGCCCACCCUCCGCACGUGCAGCAGAUGGGCGGCUACCUGGCGCGCGGGGACUUCCCCAUGCAGCAGCACGGCCAGCCGCAGAGGCUGAGCCAGUUCUCCCAAGGUCAGGAGGGCCUCAGUCAGGGCAACCCUUUCAUCGCCACCUCAGGACCCGGCCACUUGUCCCAUGUGCCCCAGCAGAGCCCCGGCCUGGCACCUUCUCUGCGGCACUCGGUGCAGCAGUUCCACCACCACCCCCCGACUGCUCUCCAUGGAGAAUCCGUUGCCCACAGUCCCAGAUUCUCCCCUAAUCCUCCUCAGCAAGGGGCCGUUAGGCCACAAACCCUUACUUUCAGCUCUCGGAGCCAGACAGUCCCCUCACCUACUCUAAACAACUCAGGGCAGUACUCUCGAUAUCCUUACAGUAACCUAAAUCAGGGAUUAGUUAACAAUACAGGGAUGAAUCAAAAUUUAGGCCUUACAAACAAUACUCCAAUGAACCAGUCCGUACCAAGGUACCCCAAUGCUGUAGGAUUCCCGUCGAACAGUGGUCAAGGACUAAUGCACCAGCAGCCCAUCCACCCCGGUGGCUCACUUAACCAAAUGAAUACACAGACUAUGCAUCCUUCACAGCCUCAGGGAACUUACGCCUCUCCGCCUCCCAUGUCACCCAUGAAAGCAAUGAGUAAUCCAGCAGGUACUCCUCCUCCACAAGUCAGGCCUGGCAGUGCGGGGAUACCAAUGGAAGUCGGCAGUUAUCCAAAUAUGCCCCACCCUCCACCAUCUCACCAGCCCCCUGGUACCAUGGGAAUUGGACAGAGGAAUAUGGGCCCCAGAAACCUGCAGCAGUCUCGACCUUUUCUGGGCAUGUCCUCAGCACCAAGGGAACUGGCUGGGCACAUGAGACCCAACGGUUGUCCUGGCGUUGGCCUCGCAGAUCCACAGGCCAUCCAGGAGCGGCUGCUGCCUGGCCAGCAGCAUCCCGGUCAGCAGCCUUCUUUCCAGCAGUUGACAACCUGCCCUCCAAUGCAGCCUCACCCGGGCCUGCACCACCAGUCUUCACCCCCACACCCGCAUCACCAGCCUUGGGCACAGCUCCACCCAUCACCCCAGAACACCCCGCAGAAAGUGCCUGUGCCUCAGGUAAGGCAACCUUGAUUGUGCAUGUAAAUUGCUCUAGUGGGGUCUUUAAAUUCUGUGGAAAGCUUUUUAGUUUUGAGUUGAUGGUUUUUUUUGUUUUUUUUUGGUAAGCUGGUCUAGCAUAUCUUGUCUUUUCCCUUCCCCGAAUUGAGCUGGUGCUAAGGAUGUGUAGGUAACUAAAAUGGGUCCCUACAGUAGUCAGCAGAGACAGGUUCUGUGUUCAGAGUGAGUUCACGUUGUUAGCGGUAGACUAUGCUACUUUUUUUUUUUUUUUUUUUUUGCCUUUGGGAAGCUGUAAAACGGUUUCUUCUGUAACAUAUAUUUUGCCAACUGUUGCAUACUAGCGUGAACUUAAUUGCAAACUGUGGAUUAUCACAGUAAACAGGAAUUCACAGAAAGUGUUCAGUCUCUGAGAUUUGGGUAUGUGACAUUCAAACAGGAGGAGCUUGUCUUUUCAUAAACUUGGAUUUAGUGUCCUGUAGAACUCGGACGCCAGUAGAUUGAGGUUUGAAGCUCCGACAGUCGUCACAGAGACAUCUCUCUACGAGAGACGUUUGUGUGAACCCUAGAUCUA